AUGUACGUGUGUGGAGAUUCCGGGCCGCGGUAUGAGUGCUCCUUCGAACCGGCGCCGAGUAUGGAGCAGCCGACGUUUGAGGAGCAUAUGUUCGGCGAAUUUGGGAAGGAUAGGGUGCAAGUAGUGGUCGGGUCGAGUGGAGAGUUGUAUCGGGAGGAGCUGCCGGUGUUCCCGGGGGAGCAGAAGCGGAAAGAGGAGCCGAUACUUCUGCAGCAAGUGGAUGCACCGCAACAGCAUGCAGCGCAUCCACCGCCCACUAAGAAAAGCGAGAAGAAGAAAGGUGAAAACAACGGGAUUAAAAAGAAAAAGACAAGAACCACAUUCACGGCAUAUCAACUUGAAGAGCUGGAGAGAGCGUUUGAACGCGCUCCCUACCCUGAUGUAUUUGCACGUGAGGAACUGGCACUAAAAUUGAAUCUUUCGGAAUCAAGAGUACAGGUAUGGUUCCAAAACCGAAGAGCAAAGUGGCGUAAACGCGAACCACCACGAAAAACCGGCUACAUCGGAUCCAGCUCACCAAGUUCCACCACAUUGAGCGGCGGCUUCUCCGGCAUCGGUGGCAAUCUACCAGCCUUCCCACAAAACGGAUUACCAGCCCCGGCUGAUUCCUGGUCGUACCAACACUCGUACGAACUAUCUUCCCACCACUUACUCUCAUCUGGGAGUAAUUACCCCGCCUUCAACCCUCAACCUGGCUACUCCUAUACCACGGUUCUCAACGGACACGACGGACAAAAUAUGUUCGCUAGACAUUACGAUUAUGCUGAAGGGAGUCCCCCCUUGCGGGAGUAUCCCUUGGUAGCUCACUCUCCCCAAAUAGAACCCCAUGGGCAUGAGGACAAAGUGGAGUACCGUCAUGAGCAUGAAGAGAAGUAUGCGUGUGCGCUGCAGGAGGAGCCACGAUACAACCCGCCAGAGGACUAUGACAAGUGCGCGAUGGUUCACGAGAAGCACUAUGAGAUGGAUCGCCAGGAUUUGUCGCAACCGGUUGUGGUGAAGAUGGAGCCGAGCACGGGUCAGGCGUACACGUCACUGCCCCCUUUUUUGAAUUGA